AUGGCUAAAGAUAUGAUUGCAACUGCGCAAUCAGCAUCUGAACUCAAUGUCUACAUGUCUAUCCCAAGCGGUCCGCGUCCCAAGGAGACCACGUUCCGCGAGUGGGUGGUCACCAACCAAAUCGGUAUUCCGCUGACCAUUCUGGCUAUGUUGCUGGCUCUUCAUAACCUCUAUCCCUCGCUCCGUCCUUACACCCAACCUUUCUUUGAACUGUCCUACUACAAUGCCGCUGGCGAUUACUACGUCCAAGGGUGGAAUGAUACCUAUUUUGUUCUCAGCGCCGCUCUCGCCCUGACCGCGAUCCGUGCCAUUGCCAUUGAAUGGGUUCUCCAACCGCUUGCCCGCUUUGCUGGACUUAAGCGCAAGGGCUCUGUUCGUCUUGCCGAGCAGGGCUGGCAGGCAAUGUACUACGGUUUCGUCUGGGCUGUGGGAUUGUACCUUUGGAAAAAUUCCGUCUACUGGGGCGAUUUCAGUGCUAUCUGGACUACUUGGCCCGCCCGCCCGCUUUCAGGCUUGAUGAAAUGGUACCUUCUGGUCGAGCUUGCUUUCCUGGUGCAGCAGGUUUUUGUCAUCCACGUCGAGGAGCGACGAAAGGACCACUACCAGAUGUUGUCUCACCACAUCAUCACCAGCACUUUGCUGAGCUCGGCUUACAUCUACGGUUUCUACAACAUCUCCAACGUGGUUCUGUGCCUCAUGGACGUCGUAGAUUUCCUUCUGCCCUCUGCCAAGAUUCUCAAGUAUCUCAAGUUUGAGAACGCUUGCAAUAUCGCCUUUGGCGUUUUUAUGACCACUUGGUUCAUUACUCGGCACAUUAUCUACAAUAUCCUUUGGUUGUCCAUCUACAAGAAUAUUCCUUCGAAGGUGCCAUUCGGUUGCUACUCUGGUGUCACGGCCGAGAUGAUCAGCACUGACGGCUAUCCUGACUCCUUCGCCUACCUAUUCGCACCUUUCCGCGACUUGAAUAACCCCAUCUGCAUGAACCGCACGAUCCUGUUCAUCUUCAUGGGGUUCCUGCUCGCUUUGCAAGGAUUGUCGAUCGUUUGGUUCAGCAUGAUUGUUCGUGUGGCAUAUGGAGUGAUUGUCACUGGCAAGUCCCAAGAUUCUCGCAGUGACGACGAAGAGGACGUCGAGGUCAACGAGCCAGUUGAACCUCCAGUUCGUCUGGUCAAUAUGGAUGUUGGAGCUACUCCUGUCGUGGCUGAUGGUAGCCCUGGGCUGGACCGCCGCCGGUCGAACGGUUCCGCUUCGUUGCGUGCUCGGGGUCGUGGCCGUGUUCCCUUCGACCAGACGGACCGACGAGCCUUACUUGGUCGCAUUGGAUGCGACAAGCCUACCUAA